AUGUACUUCUCAGUGGUCCCCAACCUGGUGCCACAACCAACGACAGAUCGUACCUUUAUAUUGGCGCCCAACUUAGUGGCCGCGAACAAAGAUAACGCCGAAACAAUGGCAACGUUUUCGCCUGAGCAAUUUCAACAAAUUUUGGCAGCGUUAACGAGUGACAAAAAGAAUGGCUCGUUUACUGGAUGCACUGCGCGUUUCCGUGGACAACGAAGCCCCGAGGCUGUGGAAGAGUUCCUUGCAGCUAUUACCGUAUAUAAAGACAUCGAAGAAGUUUCCGACGCAAACGCAUUGCGUGGAAUGUCACUACUUUUGGAAGACUACGCAGCAACGUGGUGGAUUGGAGUGAAAGAGAAGGUGGCGACAUUUUCUGAAGCUAUCGACUUGAUCCGCACGACAUUUUCACCGCCAACUCCCGAUUGGAAAAUACAGCUUUAUAUUCCAGAAACGGCUACUUAA